CAGCUGGGCUGUUUUUUUACUCGUAUUACGGAAGAAAUUAGAGACCAAGCUGUCAAGAAUUGGAGACCAUGGCCCAGUCCAGACGCAACAACUAAUCCCCCCCUAAAUCCGCCCUUUUUGCUUUGAUUGGGAGGAGUCCUUGUUUAUUCCCGCUCCUAAUAUUCCCCUGUCGAUAUGCGCCGCGGAGCCUACCGGCAAGGGGUUGAGGAAAGCGUCAAGCCGGCAGCUGGGGCGGAGAUACAGAGGAGAAUCGAGAGGCAGAGACGAUCUUGCUUUGCCGACGGUGCAGCAGGGAGCCAGCAGCCAUCGGCAUAGACGGAGAGGAUGCCUCCGCGGGUGUGCGUGACCGGAGGCGGCGGGUACGUCGCGUCGUGGCUCAUCAAGUUGCUGCUCUCCCGGGGCUACGCCGUCCACGCCACGCUCCGCGACCCAUGCGAUCCGAAGAACGCGCAUCUGAUGCGGCUGGACGGGGCGGCGGCGAACCUGCGGCUGUUCAAGGCCGACGUGCUCGACCACGCCGCGCUGGCCGCCGCCGUCGCCGGGUGCGAGGGCGUCUUCCAUGUCGCCUCCCCCGUGCCCGCAGACAAAAUCGUCAAUCCUGAGACGGAAGUAAUGAUCCCCGCCGUGAAGGGCACCUUGAAUAUUCUUCAGGCUUGCUCAUCUAUGAAGGUUCAGAAAGUUGUGGUGGUGUCAUCCACUUCUGCUCUUCAUUUUAACCCCAACUGGCCUAAGGGCAAACCCAAAGACGAGAGUUGCUGGUCAGACAGAAAAAUCUGCAUUGACCAUGAGCUCUGGUAUUGUGCUGCAAAGACUGUUGCUGAAGAAACAGCCUUGGAAUAUGCAGAAAAAAAUGGGCUAAAUGUUAUCACGGCAUGUCCUUGUAUUGUGUUUGGUCCACAACUGCAACCUAUUGUCAAUACCAGCAGCGAACUACUCAUCUAUGUUUUAAAAGGAGGUCCUAAUGCAUUGAAAGACAUGCUGUGGCACGUAGUCGAUGUACGUGACGUGGCUGAUGCUCUGCUUCUGGUAUACGAGAAACCAGAAUCAUUCGGGAGAUACCUCUGCGCACCAGACUACAUAACCACAAGGGCUCUGUUGGAGCUGCUAAAGAAGACGUACCCUGACUACAAUUAUGUCCGGUGCAAGGCAGGUGGGGAUCUUAAUGCUAUAAUCACGCCAUUUUCGUCAGAGAAAUUGAGGAAUCUGGGAUGGAAGCCCAGGGAAUUGGAGGAGACCCUCCUGGAUAGCAUCGAAUACUAUCGAGAGAUGGGGAUUCUACAAAAUGUCGAGGCACAAACUUGUCGGCUUCCUGAUCUUUUCCGCCAUUUGCAUGCCGCUGAGGAAUGAUAUGAAUGAAUCGAGCAUGGCAGUCUCGAUGCUUUUACAUUUGCCAUGGUAUGCGUGCCAUUUCUGAAUACAUUUGCAAAUAAGGAAGGUUGCGUUGGAAAGGCGACGCUUUUAAUCUCAAGGAGGCCGGCGACCGGAUUAAGCAUCAAAUUGGCUCGGCGUAGAUUGGUAGCCUGGAUAACUUCUCAGUCCAGAUUAUACUUGCUCCUGACUUAUUGAUGUGAUAUAUUUUACAUUGUUACUCCGAGAUUUAGUUCUGAUGUUGUUUGAACAAUCAAGUUAACGAGGGAUUAAUUGCGCUGAAAACAAGUGUUUUUUUGUUCUC